CAACGGUGAAGGUAAAUUUCUAUACAAUGUGGUGCAAGUUUUUUGUUGUUUUGGUAAUUUUUCAAGUAGCGUAUGCUAAACAUGGAUUCGGUCCUACUGACCAAGAUUGGGGACACGUUGCUGUAAGAAGCGAGGCUUAUAUAUUUUGGUGGCUUCAUUACACUACAGCAAAUGUGACUAAGUACACAGAUAGGCCACUUAUCAUAUGGUUACAAGGGGGUCCAGGGGGUUCCUCCACUGGUUACGGAAAUUUUGUUGAAUUGGGCCCAUUAGAUUUAGAUUUACAACCAAGAAACACUUCGUGGGUUCAAUGGGCUAAUAUUUUGUUUGUCGAUAACCCCGUGGGAACUGGAUUUUCUUAUGUCGAAAAUAAUGAAAAACUUACAAGAAAUAAUACUGAAAUUGCCAACGAUUUCUUGGUAUUUUGGAGAGAGUUUCUUGAAAAAAUACCUGAUUUCAAGAAAGUGCCUACUUACAUAUUUUGCGAAUCUUAUGGAGGUAAAAUGACAGCGGAAAUCGCUUUAGUGAUUGACCAAGCUAGAAAAAGUGGUAAAAUUGAAACUAAUUUAAAAGGAGUCGCUUUAGGCGACUCUUGGAUAUCCCCUGUAGAUUCCAUUUUGGGUUAUGCUCCAUACCUAUUCAGUUUAGGACAAAUAGACAAACGUGGUUACAAUAACAUUAUGAAAGUAGCGAACCAAAUUAAAGCAGAUUUGGACAGAGGAGAUGCACCUAGUGCAUCAGAAUUGUGGGAUACUGUAGAUGAGAAAAUUUUUGAAAAUACGUACGGUGUGGAUAUGUAUAACAUUCUUACAAAAAUACAAGGUGAAUCAAAAGGAAAUCGUAAAGUUCGAAUUGGCUUAUCUUUAAAAGACGAUGAUGAUGACACACUGGAUAAUAUUAUGAACAAUAAAGUAGGGCCUGCAUUAGGACUAUCACAACAUUGGACAUCAGAAAAUUCUGAUGUAUUUAAUGCAUUGUUUGCGGAUUUCAUGAAUCCCGUAACGACAAUAGUAGAGAGACUUCUGAAUGAAACUGAUAUCACGGUUGCAGUUUACAAUGGGCAGUUGGAUUUAAUAGUAGAAACGCCAGGGACUUACAAGUGGGUCGAAGAUCUCCAUUUUAAGGACAAAUCAUUAUGGGAAGCUGCAUCCAGAUCUGGAUUUGCUGUCAAUGGAUAUUAUGAAGGCUACAGGAAAAAGCAUGGAAAAUUUAGCUUUUAUUGGGUUGAUCGUGCCGGACAUAUGGUUCCUAAGGAUAAUCCAUCGGCAAUGUACUACAUUUUAAAUGAUGUUACCAACAAUUUUGAAGUUUAAAAAGAAUUUUUAAUGAACGAUUAUUAUAAUCG